AUGUCUUCCUCAGCUUUCCGGUUACGGACCCUCCGAGCCUUUGCUCGCAAUCCCACAAACCCUAAUGCCGUCCUCGCACGAUCCUUCUCGGCAACCGCUCGCCGCGCCGAGAUCAACAAGGUCUUCCCCUCUGCCAAGGAAGCUCUCAAGGACAUGAAGCCCAACACAACCCUCCUCUGCGGUGGUUUCGGUCUCUGUGGUGUUCCUGACUCUCUUAUUAACGAGGUUCUCGAGAAGCCUGAAAUCAAGGGUCUCACAGCCGUGUCCAACAAUGCUGGUACCGACAACUUUGGUCUCGGUAGACUUCUCAAGACUAAGCAAAUCCGCAAGAUGAUUGCUAGCUACAUUGGCGAGAACAAGACCUUUGAAAAGAUGUACCUCACUGGUGAGGUCGAGCUUGAGCUGACCCCUCAGGGAACUCUCGCUGAGCGAUGCGCCGCUGGUGGUAAGGGCGUGCCCGCCUUUUACACCCCUGCUGCCUUUGGCACAGUUGUUCAGACUGGUGAUCUUCCUCUGCGCAACAAGGCCGACGGUUCUCCUGAUGUCUACUCUUACCCCAAGGACGUCAAGGUGUUUAAGGGAAAGUCUUAUCUUCUUGAGGAGAGCAUUGACGGUGACUAUGCCUUCGUCAAGGCCUACAAGGCUGACAAGCUUGGUAACUGCCAAUUCCGUCUGGCUGCCCACAACUUCAACGGUGCCAUGGGCCGCAAUGCCAAGAUGACCAUUGUCGAAGCUGAGCACAUCGUUGAGCCUGGCGAGAUUCCUCCUGAGGCUGUCCACCUGCCCGGUAUCUACGUCAAGCGCGUCAUUCAGAGCACCGAGGAGAAGUCGAUCGAGAAGUACACCUGGGCUAAGGACCCCAACGACCCCGAGGCUACCAAGGCCCUCGGCUCUGGUGACACAGCUGCCAAGCGUGAGCGCAUCGUUCGUCGCGCUGCUAAGGAGUUCAAGAACGGCAUGUACGCUAACCUGGGCAUCGGCAUGCCUAUGCUUGCCCCUGGCUUUGUCGGUCCUGAGGUUGAGGUUCAGCUCCAGUCUGAGAACGGUAUCCUUGGCCUAGGUCCCUAUCCUCAAAAGGGCCAGGAGGAUGCUGACCUGAUCAACGCUGGCAAGGAGACCGUUACUCUCAAGCCCGGUGCUGCUGUCUUUGGCAGCGAGGAGAGCUUUGGUAUGAUUCGCAGCGGUCGUAUCAACCUCACCAUCCUUGGAGCUAUGCAGGUCAGCGCCACUGGCGAUCUUGCUAACUGGAUGCUUCCCGGAAAGGUCAAGGGCUUCGGUGGUGCCAUGGAUCUUGUCAGCAACCCCAGUGAGACUAAGGUUGUAGUGACAAUGGAGCACACAGACAAGAAAGGCAACCCCAAGAUUGUCAAGCAGUGUGCAUUCCCCCUGACUGGACGUGCUUGUGUGUCGAGAAUCAUUACUGAGCUGGGUGUGUUCGAUGUCGACUUCGCCAACGGCCUUACCCUUAUCGAGAUCGCAGACGGUGUCACAGUCGACGAGGUCAAGAGCAAGACAGAGGCUCCCUUCCACGUCGCCGAGGAUCUCAAGCCCAUGCUAUAG